CUCUCGGGAUUCUCCCCGGCGCCUCUCCCGCGGACGGUGGCCGGCAGACGCGCGCCCGGCCCGAGGCGCCCCAGGGGCCCCAGGACACGCAGGACCGCCUCUUCCGGCACCCGGCACGUCGUCAUCUUUACCGUGGACGGCUCCGAUGGCGCGCUCCACCCGCUCGCCCCCCUGGCGCUCCUCGCGGCGCUCGCGUGCUGGGCCGCCGCGCCCGCCUUCGUCGCCGCGCCCGCCGCGCGGGCCGCCCCCGGCGCAGCCUUGGCCGCGGCCGCGGCCGCGGCGGCGCCUGCCGCGGCGCACGCGGAGGUGAUCGAUGUGGUGGACGUCGGUUCCUCGGUGAGUCUGGCUGGCCUCUACGAGCCCAUCAUGCUGGGCAUCGUGUUCGGCACCACCUUCACCACGCUCCUGGGCCUCCUGGUGGCCGCCUGGCUGCAGUUCAAGAAGGGCCCCACCCUCGGGCUCUGA